AUGAGCGAGUCGUCCCACUCCCUCGCUCCACCCGGGGCGUCCAUGGCGGAGGUGCACGCCGGCAACCGGGAGCGCCUCGCGGCCGCGCUCCGCGCCCACCUCACCGCCGCCGGCCGCCCUCUCAGCGGCAUCGUCCUUCUCCAGGGCGGCGAGGAGCAGACCCGUUGCUGCACCGACCACGUCCCGCUCUUCAGGCAGGAGAGCUACUUCGCGUAUCUCUUCGGGGUGCGGGAGCCAGGGUUCUACGGCGCCGUCGACAUUGCUUCCGGACAGUCCAUCUUGUUCGCUCCAAGGUUGUCACCGGACGACGCUAUUUGGAACGGCAAAUCCAAAAAAUUGCCGCACUUCAAGGACAUGUACAAGGUCGAUUCUGCCUUGCAUGUCGACGAGCUUGCGCAGGUUCUCCGAUGUGAAUUCAGUGAGCAUGGCCAUGGAGAGCCGCUUCUCUUCCUCUUGCACGGAAGGAACACCGACAGCGGGAACUACUCAAGGCCUGCCAGUUUCGAGGGGAUGGACAAGUUCGACACCGAUUUAACCACGCUCCAUCCCAUCUUGACUGAAUGUCGUGUUACCAAAUCUGACAUGGAGCUUGCCCUCAUUCAGCAUGCCAACGAUGUCAGCUCAGAAGCACACGUUGAGGUCAUGAGGCGGAUCAAGCCAGGCAUGACGGAAAAUCAGUUGGAGAGCAUCUUUCGUUUUCAUGCAUCCAUGCACGAAGGCUGCCGACGUUGCGCCUACACAUGCAUAUGCGCCACUGGACAGAACAGUUCCAUUCUUCAUUAUGGACAAAAUGAUGGGGCGGUGAACGAUGAGUACAACUUCUAUGCCUUUGACAUCACAUGUUCAUACCCUACCAAUGGGAAAUUCACAAGAGACCAGGCAGUUGUGUACAACGCCGCCCUCAAGGCUCAUAAUGACGUGAUAUCGCAUAUGCGGCCUGGGGUGAAAUGGAUCGGCAUGCACAAGCUGGCAGAGCGGAGAAUACUCGAGUCUUUAGAGAAAGAAGAUAUUAUCCAUGGUGAUAUUGAUGACAUGAUGGACAGAAGGUUGGGUGCUGUCUUCAUGCCUCAUGGUCUUGGGCACUUGCUUGGAAUUGACGCGCAUGAUCCCGGAGGCUACCCCGAGGGUUUAGAGAGACCGGAGGAGCCGGGAUUGAGAUCCUUGCGCACCACAAGAGAGCUUAAAGAAGGCAUGGUUAUUACGGUCGAGCCGGGAUGUUACUUCAUUGACGCUUUGCUGAGGCAGGCCAGGAAUGAUCCAAUUUGCUCAGAGUUCUUCAACUGGGAAAAGAUACAAAUAUACAGAAGCUCUGGUGGUGUUCGCAUUGAAAGUAAUGUGUAUGUGACGGCACAAGGAUGCACGAACCUCACGAACUGCCCUCAAGAGAUCUGCGAAAUAGAAGCGGUAAUGGCUGGCGCAGCAUGGCAUUCACAUCCCCUAUACUCGUGGGUCAUCACCCCGCGCACACCUGCCACGCCGGUCUCCUCCUCCUCCACCCAGACACUGCUGACGCCGGCUGCACUCGUUCGUGGACCGCUCUUCCUGCUGGACCUGACCGCGUCGUCCUCCACGGGUGUUCGCGACCUCUCCCCCCUCGCCGAUGUCUUCAUCAACCAGAAGGUCCUACUCAUCCUCGGCCUGAACCCGCCAAACUUCUCCCAAUGGCGUACUCUGUUUGAGGUUACCUUCCAGAAGUACGCCGUCCUCGACCACAUCUCCGGCGCGCCUCGCCCCACUGAUCCGGUGUGGCUGCAAGACAACGCGCACAUCGUGUCGUGGCUCUACAACCGCAUUAGCCCAGAGGUGUUCGGGCUCGUACACCAGCACGGCGCCACCGCCGGUGAGGUCUGGGCCGCCAUCUGCAGCCUCUUUGUGGAGAACCGCGAGCAUCAGGUGGUUUUCCAGGCCACCGAGUUCCGGCGGCUCGAGCAGGGGUCCUCGUCGAUCCUCACCUACUUCGCCCGGCUCAAGGAGUGCGCCGACCGGCUCGCCGACCUCGGCUCUCCCGUCGACGAUCGUGAUCAGGUAGAAUAUAGGGCUCUCAUGGAGAACCGGACGUGGCGCCUCGUCCCUCGACCUUGCGGCACCAACAUCGUCACCGGCAAAUGGCUCUUCCGCCACAAGCUCAAGUCCGAUGGCUCACUCGAACGCUACAAGGCACACUGGGUGGUGCGCGGCUUCUCGCAGCGCCCCGGCGUCGACUUUGACGAGACAUUCUCUCCGGUGGUCAAGGCGGCCACAAUCCGCGUCGUGCUCACCAUCGCCACCACGCGCUAG